AUGGUGAGUCAUCUCAACUCUAAAUAGAAACAUUUUUAACAAUAAUAAUAUGCCUUUAACAUCAAUAGAGUUUAAUAGAUUAGAUUUAUUGAUCUCUACAGAUCAUAUAUAAUACUCUAUUUGGACAAAAUUAUGGAGAAGUUAUUGAAGUGUUUUUAAAAAUGUUGAUUUUUAGAGAAAUGAAUUUUUGGAUUUCAUGAGAUCAUAUUUUGAAUUGCAUCUGUUUAUUUAUUCUUAAUGAAUUCAAUAAAGACAAGAUGGGUUUAAAAUCAAAUGAGGAAACUAAAAUAGAUGAAAUUGAAUUCAUAGAUUACAAUUAUGUAAAAGUGAACUUUGAUUCAACAUCCGAAAUUCUAAGUAUAAUAACAGUAUUAUAUGGCUACGUUUUUCUUAAUUCAUGCAUUCUCUUGUCUGAUUAAUUUAUAUAAAAUAAACUCAUUUUCCUAUUUGAUAUAACAAAGUCAUUUUUAAUAAAAUUAAUAAAAUGA